AUGGCCUCUAGCAGCUCUCCUCUUUCACCCCCUAUCUUUAAUGAUGAGAACUACCAAGUUUGGGCAGUGAAGAUGAAAACAUACUUGAAGGGUAUUGGAUUAUGGAAGUAUGUUGAGGAAGACAAUGCUCCAGAACCUUUGAGAGCAAACCCAACUCUUCAGCAGAUCAGAAGUCAUGAAGAAGAGAUCGUAAAAGGUCCAAAAGCCCUGUCUUUCAUUCACGCAGCUGUCUCAGAUUCAAUUUUUACCAGGAUCAUGACAUGUGAAUUUGCCAAAGAAGCUUGGGAUAUGCUGAAGCAAGAAUUCCAAGGGAGUGAUAGGACGAGGCAAAUGCAAAUAUUGAAUCUAAGAAAAGAAUUUGAGAUGUUUAGAAUGAAAGAGACCGAAAAGGUGAAAGAUUAUAUUGAUAGAAUCAUGAAAGGGGAAAAAGUAGAAGAGCAGAGGAUUGUUGAGAAGGUGAUGGUGACACUUCCAGAAAAGUUUGAAGCAAAAAUUUCCUCAAUUGAAGAUACUUGGGAUAUGUCUCGUGUCACAUUGAAUGAACUAUCCAACGCUCUUCUAGCAGUGAAAAAAAGGAAAGCUUUUAGAGAGGAAGAGAGUACAAGUGAAAUCGCUCUUGUGGCUGCUCAAAGAUCUAAAGCUCAGUUGGAUGGUGAACCAAAAAGGCAACAAAAUGGAAGAUAUGGUAAGGAGAAGAAGGAGCAAUCUAACAACCGAGGGAGAUAUAGAAGAUCCAAGUAUCCACCUUGUCCCUAUUGGAAAAAGACCAAUCAUACAGACAAGGUUUGUUGGUACAGACCUGGAGUUCAAUGCAAGUUGUGCAAACAGUUUGGUCAUGAGGAUAAGGUGUGCAAAAUAAAUCAAAACCAGCCAGCUCAAGCUCAAGCCCAGCCAGCUUAA